GGCGUCGUGUCGAAUUGCCUGAUGCCGACACUCGACCUCGUGGCGAAAUAAGUAGUACACUAACGUACACGGACACGUCUAAAAGAUUCCGUCUCUGCCUUCGUUUCACUAGUUUUGUCUGUGUUUUCUUUGGGGAGUCAUUUGAAACGCGGUUCGUAGAGUGCGAGAAACGAACUUUUUUUUUCCCCCCUUACGCGAGUAAGACCUGCAGGAUUCGAUUGCCCUGAAUACGAGAAAUUGUACAGACGACCAAACACAAACGGAGGACUUUAUGAUUCAGCUGCGGCUUCUGAGGAUGGAGUUCGUUAUCGCCAGGGACUGGAGUUGAAGGAUAUGAAUGAGGACCACAUCAUUUAAUUUACAGAUAACCACGCUUGUCGUGCUGGCAUUAAUACCAUGGCCUGGCCCUACUGUGUUUAAGAUAUCAUGUCCACGCGAUCACGCAUCUGUUGUGCGGAAGGUUGUUCAAAAGAAAUGGAUACCAGUGUUGGAGAAGUAUCAAGUCUCAAUCCCUCUCGAGUGUCCCUUUCAUCCUGUGAGAGACAUAUAUUGGCCUCAACAGUCUGCCAAACAGCAACAUCGGUCUUCUCAGUGGACAUGUGGAAUAUGUGGGAAAUCAUUUUAUGAAGAACGUUUUCUAGACAAGCAUUUUGACAAUAGGCACAAAAACCAAAUUAAUAUGGCUGAAGAUGCAGUAUGCCUAGCUGAUUAUUGUGACAUCAUGCGAUGUGAGGUACUAAUGACACAAGAAGUUGGAAGUGGUGAAUCAGGAGAAUCCAGUCAGGGAAACACUGACAUUGAAGUGUGGAGUGAGUCAACAGCUUAUCGCACUGCACUGUCACCGUCGGGACCUCGAGACCUUGCUCGUGUGCUGUUUAGGAGAGGACCGUAUACUGAACAUGACAGACAGCCACAGGAAGCACAAGGGUCCACACCAAGUACACAACCCAGUGAGAAUCACUGCCCUCGCACUUCGCAACCACCAACAUCAGAACAGCAUCAGCAGCCUCAAGCGACUUCUGACACUGACACAAAUACUUCUGCACCGGAUACCUGUGAUAGCGGAAACCUUGUUGACUCAUCAGUGCCUCCAGGAGAUCGUAAGCAACAAAGACUGAGUGAGCUGCAGAGACUCAAAGCCAACUGCAAACCAGAAGAACUUCAAGGCCUUAAACUUCGGUGUGAGAUUCUUGUGAGAGAUUGCAUAGCAGGUUUAUUAGUAAACUUGUCCAUCCAAAAUUUUAAGGAAGUUGAAGAGGAGUUGAAUCGUGCUGUGUGUUGGUACCUCACUUGCGACCGCUACUGGGAAGAUUCUCCCAAUGAUUCUAGACAUUUUCCUUGGGGCCUUGUCUUUGUGUUGGUCAUGGUGCUUUCUCUUGGUAUCUGCCUCUGCUACUAUAUAAUAUGGGUUCUGUUUGAUUCUGAUGACCAAAGUGUUGCCAGCACCAGUGCCACUGCAACGGCUACUUCAUCUCCAGUGCAUCAUGCAAAUUCAACUAAUAGGCCUUUAUACUCAGAGGAAUAUUACACAGUUCCAGAAAUAAAUGAUAUGGGACAAAAUGAACAUUAUAUUUAUGUAACAUAUCCACCAGAACUAAAAAGGAGAUUGUUAGAAAGCUGCUACAAUAGAACCACAAGACUGUGAGUGGCAAGUGGUCAAGAGUGGAUUCGAGGAAGAUUCACAGAAAAUGCAUCUAAUCAACAAGAGAUCCAAACAGUGAAAGCCUAUUAAAAUAACAAUUUGAUGUGGUCUUGUGUAAGAUGCCUGGUCAAUAACCUAUUUUGCUAUGCAAAGAAAAACUACAAGCUGAUGUAAUCUCAGGCAAAAAGCCUAUAUCAGUAGCAUAAAUGUAAUGCAGCUGUAAAGACAUUAUUUAAAGUAAGUACCGUAUCUUUAGAAAAAUCUCUCAGACAAUCAUUUUGCAACCUUCCCUUCCAGAGCAAAUGUUUUGGGCUUAGCGAACAAUGAUUGUUUCUUAAUAUCUCUCCCUCUUCACAUUUUAUUUGCCUCAUUUUCCAACUUACAUUUCACAAACAGGGUGUUAUUUGUUACAUGUACAUCCCUAAUAUUUAGAAAAGAGUUAAACAAGGAAUUUCACAAAUGAUAAUAUAUAUAGCAGAAAAUAUUCUAAUUAUCAUUAGUAUUUCUGACUUAUUCCUGUCAAAAUACUAAAAGAACAACUUUUUUUAAGAUAUGGAUUCACAUGAAAAAAGGUACAUCAUGUCAUGUUAUUGGACUGAUUCAUGGGCAUCUAAGUUUACUGGUAGCUAAAAAUUAAACAAUCACAAGUAUACGGAACAGUACUCAUCCCUUUGCAUACCAUUAUAUACUCAAACCCAUAUUUUGAUAGCUAAAAUCAUUUAUGAAUUAUUAGUAGUGUCCACAUGAUGCAGGACAUGCUAUGGAUUGCAAACACUAACUUCAUAUCAUAUUCAGAAGGGUGAGAAGCAAAAGUUGCACAUAAACUCAUUGUUUUGGUUAAAUUUUGAGUUUUCAAAAUUGAAAGUCCAUCCAGUUGAAGUUAAAUGUGUUUCCUUUCCUUGCAUGGAGCUCUGGUUGUGAAAACUCUGUAUUCCGUUUGUUAACAAUAAUAUAUUCCUGCAGGCUGUACCAAAAACACUUUAAAUUCAUUUACUGGGAAGUAUUUUUUUUCCACCAGUGUAUAAUUAGCACUCCAUGUUUUGAACCUAUAUAUUGUGUGUGCAAAUACACUGACCUCCAUGAUUUUUCAUCUUUAUCUUCAUCUGUUCUCAUUUUCUCAGUUUUCAUUUCCUUGCAUUUCUCAUCAUUCAUCAAGACUCUUCUUUGACUGUUUAGAUUUUAAAUUUACAGUCUUUGUUCUUCAUAAGCUGUUACUCAUUUUGUUUCAUAAACGCAUUAUUAAUUUAUUUGACAUUUGAAUCAUACCUGUCCAUACUGAUUUUCUAUGCAACUAGUUUGUAAUGAUUGUUCUUCUGUUUAUCAUUUACUCUAACAUUUUCUGCAAUUCUUCAUUCCUGUAACACAGAAUGUUUGCUCUGGAGCAUUGAAAAUCUGUAUUAGUUUGAAGGACUUACUCUUCACUUUGUGUAAGCAUGGUAUAUUUUAAUCGGUUGUUAUUAAUGCCUCAGUUUUGUAUUUGUAUUUCUUAUCAACUUACACAAUUGUAAUAAAAUCAUGUGUUCGCAGAUCAAUUAGACACAAUACUGAACAGCUCACAAACAAAUUUUACAUGUUUUACUGUUGUCUAGGAGAGAAGAAUUAUUACAUUUAUAUUUCUGGUUUCAGUAAUGUCUAUGUGUUCUGUAGCUGCACAUUACUUAAGCUGUUGCAUUCUGAUGCAAAAUAGAGAAUUUCACGAAAAAAUUUAGUUCAUAAUAUGUUAUAAUCCAAAUUGGCGUUAUGAUGCCUUAUGCUAACAUUUGAGAGAUAUUUGAAAUAAUUACAGAAUUAUAAGAAACUCUCUAUUUGUUUCUUUAAGAAAUUGAAGGCUGAGCAAAUUUAUAGAGUGUUUCAAUCUUUACUGUAGGAAUGAGUCAAUAUAAUUUAUGAGUGUUCAGUUAACAAUUCUGCAUAUGAAGAAGUGCUGUAGGACUUAUCAUUCACAUAAUUCUAGUACUGCCAUUAUUAAACAUAGAGCACUGACUAAAGAAGACUUAAAAUUACAAACUUUCUGCUGAAUUUCUAAGCAUAAUUAUAAAAAAGAUGAAAACAGUAGGCACAAAUACUAGUGAACUAGUGUCAUACUGAUGAUGCCCAAAUACACAGGAAAUUGUUAUCUUUCCCAAAAAUGACUGGAUCUAGUUAGUGCAAAAUUAUGGAAUACAAUUGUUGAUAUAGAAGCAAUUUAUAGACAAGAUAACAGUGGGUGAUAAACAAUGUAGUAGCUCUUCUGUUCGAACUGUGCUACAUUGUAAAUUACAACCGACAUAUCGAGAAAAUUUAAAAUCCUGUACUCAUGCUUGAAUGUGAGUAUAGGUGUACUGUUAAAACAAGUGAAUUUGUAUUGGAGUCAAGUCUUCCUCUGCAUUACUUGAGCAGCAGGCAUAGACAGCUUAAGGAAUAUUUUAUUUCAACAUCCAUGAAUGGUUUCUUGUACAAAUAAUUUUGCAUCAAACUGAGCUUCCUUUUUAGUUACUAAUUUGUUCUGCUAUGGUAAAUACUAAUUAGAUUUACAAGGAAAUAUCCUCUUCUUUGAACAUUUUUUUUUUAAUUUAAUCAUUAAUUUUCACACCUGUCACAUGCUUUCUACAGUGAAAGGAGCAGUUUCACUUACACCAAUACUAAUAAUUCAGAUUGUGUGUGUAUUUUGCACAUAUAUAUGUAUGCACACUUUUAUCUGAUUAACACUCUGGGAAAACUGUCACUUGAUUUGUGCAGUUAUAUUGAAUUACAGUUGUGAUCAAGAAAACUGAUAAAACCAUGAACAUUUUUUGUUGUAAUGCAAUAAAAUUGUUGAUACAUCUGCUAGAUAAGUUUGAAUAACAGAUAUAUUAAUGGUACAUAUACUAUGAUUUUCAUCACAUACCAUUUAAAAAAGUUGUCUGCCAGCUCUUGACUGAUUGCAGUGAUAAAUAUAAAAUGUGUUUUCUUCCAGAAUGUCUGAAAAUAAUAUUUUGUGGCUAAAAUUCAUGUUUUUGGAAGCACAAAAUUAAAACAACAAUUGUUAUUUAGAUUUUAUUUAUUAUGUGAGUAUAUUACAGCUUUACAGUAAAAUAUAAUAGUGAUGCACAUGGUAUGAAUGGUAGAGAUAACUUUGGCAUACAAUGUUCCUUCUCAGAAUCUCUCACUUUUAAAUGUAAAUUUUAUAAAAAAUGUCUAAUGGUUACUGCAAGAAAACACCACUCUUUUGGAAAUAAAAGGAAAUGCUUUCAGUUGUGAUAUAAAUAUAGAAUAAUAAUUUUCACUUGUGGUACCCUUCCUCCCUCCCU